GCUAGUCAGACAGACAGGAAGUCAGACUUAAGAAGGAAAACAAUGCUGAAUUGGGAGCCAGAAGAUCGGUUCCCAUGUUGCUCUGCUCCUUAGCAGCUGUGUGGGCUGGCCAAGCCACUUUGGCUCCCCGAGGCUCAGCAUCCUCAUCUGGAAAAUGGACUUUUAUAAAACCCAGAGGAGAGAGAUGCUUGGCAUUAGUGCCAAGCAAACUGUAAGCCAGAUGGCCAGACCACUGACCACCCCCAGCCCUUCGCAGAUGCAAGCCCGGAAGAAGCGCAGAGGGAUCAUAGAGAAACGGCGCCGAGACCGCAUCAACAGCAGCCUUUCCGAAUUGCGACGCUUGGUGCCCACGGCCUUUGAGAAACAGGGCUCCUCCAAGCUGGAAAAGGCCGAGGUCUUGCAGAUGACAGUGGAUCACUUGAAGAUGCUCCAUGCCUCUGGUGGCACAGGGUUCUUUGAUGCCCGAGCCCUGGCUGUAGACUUCCGGAGCAUUGGCUUUCGGGAAUGCCUCACCGAGGUCAUCAGGUACUUGGGGGUCCUGGAAGGACCCAGUAGCCAUGCAGACCCUGUCCGGAUUCGCCUUCUCUCCCACCUCAACAGCUAUGCAGCUGAGAUGGAGCCUUCACCCACACCGACUGGUGCUCUGGCCUUCCCUGUGUGGCCCUGGUCCUUCCUCCAUAGCUGUCCAGGGUGGCCUUCCCUGAGCAGCCAGCUCGCUAUUCUGGGAAGAGUACCUGGCCCUGUCCUCCCCAGUGUCACCUCUCCCACUUACCCCAUCUCAGCCCUCCGGUCCACACCGGUCCACAGAGUGGCUGGUACCAUCCUGCCAGCACGGAGGAAUUUGUUGCCCAGCCGAGGGGCAACUUCCACCCAGAGAGCCCAUCCUCCUGAGAGGCCAGCCGCCCCUCCCCCCACAGCCCCCGGUAGCAGGGCUGCCAGGAGCAACCAUGUAGUCCGCAACAUGCCAUCUUCCUCUCCAACUGCCCCUGGAGCUGGGAAAUCUGAUGACAGUGUGUCCGGUCCCAUCUCCAGUCCUUCUCCUCUGGGGACAACUGGGAGGCCUGCAGGAGCAGUACUCUAUCACUCCUGGGUGUCUGAAAUCACUGAAAUUGGGGCUUUCUGAGCUGACCCCCCCCCCACACACACACACAAAACCAUCCCCUAGGAAUGAGGAACAUUCUUACUUUCCCUCAUGAGCUCUGAAAAUGCUGCCUCCUCUUCUGGAAUGGCUUCUAUACAAAGACAUCUCUCCUUGUCCCUCAGAACCCCACCCCCACCCUCCUCACCAACAAUCCUGCUGCCAGCCUGGUUCCCCUGCGGCCUUUUCAGAGCUCAGAGCCUUAGUCUCAUCUCCCACAGGCAUAGAAGCGUUGUAUGGUGCCUUGUGGCCACCUCGGUAUUAUGGACCCAGUACCGUGGACCUUGGGCCUGGAGUUGAAGCUUUAACCUAAAGAUUCCAUGGAGGGGUAGGCUGCUCACAUGAAGAGGUGGGACUCCCAGUCCUGAGGACUGGUGGGAUUCAGCCACCCCAGGCCAACAGGAUGGAACGCACUGUCUGCCUUCACUUCCUGAGAUAGAAACGAAGCAGGAGCUAUUGAGAUGUCUGCAGCCUGCCCCGUAACAGUGAAGCACAGGGCAGAUCUGUCCAUCUGUCCUCCAAUCAGCUAAGGCCUAUAGCUUCCAUCAUCCCGUUUUCAGAUGCACACACGGCCAGCCACGAAGGCUGGACAAGCCAGGCCAGGAGGAUUCCUCACAGUAGCGAAGCUCUGUGGCAGGGUGUUCUACCGCCAGCUCUCAGACAGGAGCCAGGCCUGAAGAUCAACAAGAGAGCGCCACUCCCCUUCUCCUGGGCACCAUCCUCCAGGACUACGGCCCUUCCCUCAGGGUCCCCUGUGUGCAGGACCUGUGACCCUGAUGGUGGCACCCCAAGAGGCUUUCUCUUGGGAUUCAGCGCCAGACAUCUGAGCUGCCUGGUUUGCAUCCGGCUCCUAGAGCCCAGACUGCUGCCACAGCCAAGGGCUGUCAGGCUGGAUAAAAAUAACUCAGAGGAGGGGGAGAACAGGCAGAGGCAGCUGGGCUCUCCAAGGUCAUGCAGUGGGUCGAGGGCCUGAGAGCCUGCUCACCCACAUUUCACACAGCUGGCUCUGCUCAGAGGCCAGCCCCGCCUCAGGCAGCUCGCCUCUCUAAUGGGAAUAAAUGACCAGCGGUACACCAGACACUGAACUGACAUUUAGGGUUGCCCUAUCUGUACACAAAGUGUGGAAACACUUCUGUCCCCUCCAGUGGGCACCUGCUUCCACAGUUCCCCUGAGGACCACCCACCAUGCCAUCUGGGAAUGCCCUGGUUAAUGCCUGUCAAACCAAGAUUUUUAUUCACUGGUGCUGGGGCCAUGCUGAAUAUGAAAUACUUUCAAGGUUGUCUCAGAAAGCCUCCCCCCUCCCCCGUCCCAGCCUUCGAUGGAACCAUGGUCCUCAGAGCUGUAAUAAGGGCACAAGAGUAGAGUUUACAAAACCAUGGGCGCAAAAGGGUCAUUUCAGAAAAGCAGGGCAGAGGGCAGAGGCUACCUGAGUGGCCUAGAAAGCUUUAGUGCAUAAGUCAAGAAGAGAUAGACUUCCUUCUCUCCUUAGUGGAAGCAGGCAUUUUCAUCUUGCUGCCAUGUUAGACCCGUCUGAAGGCAUCCCUGUGGAGUGCAUCGUUCAGGAAGGGUAGAAGAGUCAUGCAGGGGGUGGGGAGAUGUGAUAGAGGUUCCUGGAUAUUAGGGUCUUACUGCAGCCUGCAGUUUGGCAGCUCCUAGCCACAUUCACUCAGGGCUGCACUACGGGAAACACAUUUCUGCGUUGCAGGUACCUGAACUGCAAAGCAGUCUGUUGACCCCGUGGAAAUAUGGCAGAAAUGGCUGAACCCUUUGAGCAUCUAUCCUGGUUGAUCUUGGGUUCCUUGCCUCAGGACACUGGGCAGGUGACCCUUCCCCCGACACCCAACUGAGUAUUCAAGUCUCCUGUUUCUAAUCCCAAGUCUUUCUGGUGCCCCCAACAUUCUCAUCCCACCGCAGGGUGUCACAGACAAGCAAUAAAGAUGUUUAGUUCUGGAAA